ACAAACUUAAAUUCUUGUUGGGAGUUUGUAUUUGGGCUAGUUUAGGGGUGUUGGUAGGGGGUUUAUUGUUAGUUUUGUUUAAGAAUAAAGACCAAUUAAUCUUGGAUAAUACUCCUGAAUUUUUAGACUAUUGUGCUAAAAGCAAUGGCUUAGUAUUCUUUGGUCCCAUAGGGAGUGGUAAAACUGCGAUAUUAGCAAUGUUGGCUAAUGAAUUGCCGGGAGAAAUACGAAGUUCCAAAGGAACGAGCAUUGUCGGAGACCGGAAUAAAUAUGCCACUUUCCCGUGUCAACUUCCUUGGGCGGAGAAAGCACAGUUAGAUUUUUCUUAUUCCCCUAGUCAGAGGUUAGGAGUAACUGAGACUAUUUUUUUGGAUGAAAUUAAUUUAUUGUUUAAAGGGAAUAUUGUGCAGGAUGUUAGAGAACGACAAAGAUUUUUGAUGCAUUUUGUUGCUUUAAAAGCAGCCGCGUGGACUAAUAGUAAGACUGAACAAGGAUUUGUGAUUUUUGUUCCUAAGAAAUAUUUGGAUA